AUGCCUGGAUUACCCUUGGUGGCUCGUGAAACGACGUAUGAAUUUCUUGUCUACUUCUGUAGAAUCAGCUCAGUUUAACUCUGCCAAUUCUAGUUCUCUAUGACAUAGUUACUUAGUUAGACCCACUGCGUCUACUAAAAUUCUGUAAAUUGUGAAAUCACUGAAACUCUUUUUAUAUAUUCAUUUAUUCAUUGAUGCAGCUGCAGCCGUUCCAGGACGGCUGACCAAAUGUGCCGCCAGAACUUCCGGAACAACUUGAGUCCUGAAGAGGCUCUCGCUGCUGAGGAAAGUCUGUCAGUCUAUUGCAAACCAGUAGAGCUCUAUAAUAUUCUUUUGCGUCGUGCUUUAUACAAUGUAAGUAUUUAGUUCAGGCUCUGAAUAUAUUUUCAUAGAAAACAUCUCCCAUCACUUUUGUUGAUAUUUCAUGUUAAUUUUUUACAAUUUUUGGUUCAUCUAGGUUCUCACAUCGUGUUUUAAAAUGUUUGUGCAACAUAUUUUUGAUACUUUUAGUAAAGGCUUUGUAUACAUCAUUUACAUGAGCGAACCAAUAAUGUUCAUUUGGAAGUGUAGGGUUUUAGGAAAUCUGGUAUGCAUAAUUAGUCUUGAUCUUCAAUAUGUAUUUCACGGUUAUCAGAUCCUUGGAAUUUUUUUAAACGCUUGAGAUAUUCGUCAAUUCUAUGACAAUGCAAAGAUCCAUUGUAAGGUGCUGCAUGUUUCAUUAGUUCAGAUAUGUGGAGGCCUACUCGCUUCUAAUGAUUCUUGCUUUGCCACGGUAACCUGUGUGAAGAGUUUUGCACGCAUUAAGAUUUCAUUUAUGUUGGAGAAAGUUGAAAAUCAUGCAGAGACCAAGUGGCUAUAAUUUUCAUUUGUUGAAAAUAAAGGGCAAAUCAAGUAUUGUUUCUUCCAUUCUGUAACCCUUUGUCAUUGAAGUAUGAAACUGCCUCUUUUUUCUGAUCUUUAGUUGCUAUUGCUCACAACUUUGUUCACAUUCAUGUUAAAUUCUCGCUGCUAAACUCUAUGGCAUGUACCCAAUUUAACCGGUGAUAGGAUGGCUCGUUUGAUGACCUGUGUAUAUUUUUUUUUCAAUUGUUUCACUUCCAUUGAACACAUAGGUGUGCAAGAGAAUUCACUGUCUUCUAAAAUUCUGUCGCCUCCAUAAUCACCAAAAUCUGACUUCUAAUUGGUGACCAUCGAAGACUUGCAGUUACUGGGUGGGGGGAGCUCCUAGAAUGAUUAGACUGAAUCAGCAUCAUUGAUGGUUUUCUGCUGUGUCACAAGAGGGGUGCAUUCUAGCGAAAUAAAUAAUAUAGACUGGCGAUUGUUUGAAAUGGUUCAUUUAGUUACCUCACGAGCUAGAAUGCAGUUCUGUGAGCAAACAGAUAUGAUCUUAGAGGUCAUGUUGAAGGGCGUUGUGGAGAGAACUAUGCGGGAGAUGGUAUGGUCAAACUAGGCACCAGAAAUUGAGGUGUUUGUGCCACUUGUGGCCAGUGUAGUGGCGUGCUAUUGUAGCUUUCGUUUCCGCAGAUCUUGUGGUUUGGGAAGCUCAUACUGGCUUGUUUGCCUGACGAGGUUUGCCUGAUAGUGUUGGUUGCCCGGCAUUCAACAUGGCCCGUGAGUGGGGACAAGAUAGGGUUCGAUCCAGAACGUUUGAUGGGGGAUGUGAUAUAUGUGAGACCGGUGAGGAGUUCUGUGUCCUGCAUUGGCAUUUGGUUGAGGUACUGUUAUCUCAUGUAAGGCUUGUCAUGCCUGUGUUACCCCCUUGGCAGGAUGAGGUGUUGCGGAUGGCCCUGUGCAAGGCUUUUCAGUUUUGCAGCCUUGAUUGCAGGGAGGUUGAGUGAGGAAGAGUGAAGCCUCCUAGCUCUCUAGUCCCCAUUCUUGUCAUGCCUUAGCUCAUCACCUCUCACGGGGGCCAAACUGCAUAGUUAGGGCAGUAACCACAAUAUGAAUGGCAGCACUGAAAUAGGUUCCAUUUGUUUUUUUUUUUUUGAACUUUUUUUCACUAUGGUUGGUGGGACUUCCUGUUGUCAAUGUUUGUUGUGUUUGGUCUAUGUGGCCUAUUUGGUUCUCUUUCUAAAAUAAUGCUGCUCUAUUUACAGCCACUAUUUCUUCAAAGAUGUCUACGCUACAGAAUACAAGCAAGGCACAAGCACAGGUGCUUUCUUAAAUCUAUAAUUAUUCAGUUGAACUAUUUUGUUGCUUAAUUUCAUUAAGUGUCUUAUAUUAUUGGACCACAGUUAUGUUGCAUUCUUUCUUUUAUGAGGAGCAAGCCUUUGAGGAACUCUUGGUUUAAUUUCUUUCUUGUGUUUUGUUUUCUUGUUUUAAUUGAAAUCUGAGUUUUCCUGAUCAUUAAGGUUGAGUAAUAUUUGUUUCCGUACAAGUGCAUACAGUAUUUGAUGAGACUGACUGCAUUCCAACGUUUGGUUUUGAUUUUUUGUUUCUUCAUCAAUUGUAUCUUGCAUUAACUGAUGAGGCUAAGAAAUUCAAAUUCAAUAUUUGGAAGAUAUCUUUUAAAUUUUUUUAGAGAGACUCUUGGAUCUUUUAAGUACGAUAUCCUAUGCCAGGUGAAGAAAUUUCAGUCAGUGUCAAUGAUCACAUUUGGUAUAUGUAAAUCUGACUGGGGUUUGGUGGAAUAGAUAUCUGCACGCCAGCUAUGGGCAGGUUGGAAAUGAGAAUAGAUAAUAUUAUCUUGACUCAAGAUAAUUUUUUGGUGGCCCUAUUAUGAUGAACAGUCUUCACAAUGAAGAUAAAUCUUGUUUCCAUUUUGUGCAGAUCGAUUCUCCAGGUUAUCUUUCGUUUUGGAACCACAUUGACUUUCAAGUAUCCAUAGACUAGUAUGCUUCAAGUUCUGAUAGAUUAUUGUCUGUUUUUAUGCUUCUCAGGUCAUGCAAGUGGAACAUUUUAUUUUUUGUGCAGUUCACAGUGCAUGUUCUUGGAUUUGUUUAAAUUUGGUCUGCGAUUUGUAAUUCACCUCUGAUCAGUAGUCCAGGGAAUGAUGUGUUACAAACACUUUGACGACAUGCACAAUCAAGAUUAGUUGGUUUGGAAUUGAAAAGGUGUAAACAAAUGAGACUAGGUUGAUAUUGAUUGGAAUCGUUGAUUCCCAGGACAAUUCGGCUUUUCACUCUUUUCAGAAUAAGAAAAGUUGAAAGAGAGCGUGACACUUGCUAGAUCAGGGUUGUUGAAGGGAGUAAAAGAGGAAGAAACUCAGAACUGCUGGUUGCCAAUUUCUAAAGCCGAUAUUUGCCCUGCCUCCCAAAUUCCUUUCAUGUAGUCUGCAUUUACAUCCCUCCCGUUUCAAAAUGACAAUUAAUUUUUCAAGGUUAUAUCUUACUUAGAGUUCCAAGUAAUUUUCUUUAGUUUUCUGCUUUAUGUUUAGACUAUAUAUACUUUUUUAAUCUGGGAAAAUUUCCUUUGAAUCUUAUUUUCAUCUAAAUCUGACUUUUUCAAUAGAUCGUCUUGUUUGUUGAGUCUGGUUUGCUGAUCCAGGGGUCUAUCAGAUUUACAUUGCUCUGGACAUUUUGGCUUUAGGAAAGUAAGGAAUGGCUAUUCUUUGGGAUAAAGUCUAUACAAUGGACUGUCAAAAGAAAAAGUUGAAUGAAAAUAAGUUGUCAAAGUGCUAUGGCUGAAACAGGGGGGUUGAUAAUACUUUCUUUCAUACUGUGGCUAGUGCAUAAAAAUAAUUCUCCGAAUCGAUCUCCUUGAAAGUUUGGCAAAAAUAAUUGGAAUGUUAGAGCUAGAAUCAAGAACUUAUCAAUUUUUCCAGUCUACUGCAGAUUUGAAACUAGAACGUUACAGAUUAAAAUGGAUAGUUAGUCCAAAUAUGAUGAAGGAUGCCAGACCCUUCAUCAGAAGUCAUCAUAAAAUCACGUUUCAGAAUCAAAACAAAUAACGAUUGGAGGGCCCAAUGGUUUCUAUUUCGUUGAAUUGAUCUGGUGGGAGAAUGACUAAUUAUCAUAUGAUUGAAGUCAUCAGUAUAUUACAAGUAAAACCUCAUCAAUUAACUGUUGGAAUUUUAUGUUAUUUUCCAAGUGUAGGUGCUGAAAAGGUUUAAAUUUUAGACUAAUGAAACUUUUCACGGUUGCAUAAUUGUCAGCUAACCUUGGGCACAUGAAUGGAGUAUUUAUUCUUUGAAACGUAUUCGCUACUCAUUAGGACAUGGAACUUUACAUAAUUAAGAUAUAGGGCAUGAGAUAUCUGGUUUUAAGUUAGAUUUUAGGAAAUACACUUGAGUUGGGAUUGUAUGAAUACAACUCUGUAUGUUGCGGGAUUUGAUGAAAAGUGAAUCAACUAGUUUAUGAGUUGUGAAAGUAAACAUAAUUUCAGUUCUUAUCAGCAUACAAUCUUCGAAAUUCCUUCGAAGUUUAAUUUACCUUCUCAAUAUGUGGAUCCAAUUCCUCAUUUCAUUGUUUGGUUUACCAGUCAGGUUAUAAGUUUCAUCUGGAAAAUUACGUUGAUAGUUGGAUUGGUUGAGGAAAUGAUGUUUGAAGGGAUUCUCUGCUGAUUCAUAUUCGACUUCAAUGUUCCAAACAAUAGGGUCAAUGCUUAAUGUAUCAUGGUGGCACUAAUGAUUGAAAUGUUCCUUCUUAGGUUUAGUCAUCCAUAGACCAUAUCUGACGCUACAUGUUUUCCAACUUGCUUUUUUGAGUUUUUAUUCAUUCUUUUCCAGGAUUUUUGGAUUUCUCUGCAUCUUCUGGUGUUUACUUUGUUAAUCUUGUUGUAACUACUCAUUAUGCAGAAUACGAAUAACUGCCUCAGUUUCUGCAAAUAUGAGUGAUGAACUACAUUCACAUAAUUUAUCCCCCCUGUACAUUUUGUUGGCAAGACCUGUCACUGAAACAUCACAAGCAGAGGUACUAUAUCAUCUUCUUUCUCUAGAACUGUCUACAUUUCCUGCAAUUGUCUGCUUUUUUUGUUCUCUGAAUGAAACUUUGAACUUUCACUUAUGUUUGUUGUGGACAGCACACAGCAGUUUAUCAUCUCUGUCGUGUGUGUAAACUACAUGUUUUUAAUGAACUUGGGAGGAGUAAUCAAGUAGAAGCCAAUUUCGUUGUUCCUGAGGUCAGGAAGCUCUUUGCUGAUAUGAGGUCUAGGAAUCUGACCAUUAUUCUUGUCAGUCAUGGUACGACACUCAUUUGAUGGUCAAUAUCUCAGAGUUCAUCUAUAGUAGCAUAACAAAACUUUUGGCUUGCUGGCAGGGGAAGAUCCCAGCGAAAGACCUACAACCAGAGAUGGAAAUGAUGUCGCGACAUUUGCUAGUAAGAUGCUUUCUAAUUAAGAUACGUUCUGGAAUAUGAUUAGUUUGUAGAUAUGGAACAUGAAAGAUAUAAUGUUUAGGCUCUAUAAUGACAUUGAUAUGUCCCACUGUAGAAACUGAAAAAGGGAGAAAAGUGAACAUAACUUAAAUGGGAUGGAUGCCAAGUCUGUUUUUGUAGCAUUCCACGUUUUAAUCUAACAAAAACGUUUCAUAGCAUAUUACGCAGAAGUUUCUCACAUCAAAAUCUUUCCAUUUCUCUUGGCUUAGAAGCGGAGACUGAAAGUAAUAGGGAUGAAGUUUUAAUUUUGAGCCGUAAUAGUUAAAUAGUCCAAAACUUGUAGCUUGAUUACAUGGCUUUAAAAACUUCAUAAAAUUUAUUUUUUCUUUAUUACGGCUCUCAAGUUUGGUAUUACUUUUCUUGGGGCAUCCUUUCAAUUAGUGCCAUAAUCUUCAAUUGAACUGUUUUUUGUGUAUUUGUGGUUAAAUGAAAAUAAAAGCCUCUGUUUAGCUCUUUAAUUCACUAUCAUGCCCUGGAAGAGUGGUUAAUUUCUAAAGUCUUGAAGAAUCUCUGUAAAUAAUGUAGAAGAAGAUACUCUUGUUGUUCUAUUUGUAUACCAUUUCUAGACAAAGUAGGAUGAUGAAAAUGGGGGAAUAUGUUUACAUCUGGCACAGAUUAUCGAUCUGCAUGCAUGUUAAUGAGAAAUAUUUUAUUUUUGUAACUUAAAACAAUUUUUAAGAAUAAGAAAUGCAUGAGAAGGAGAAGAAUUUAUCACAGAAAACAUUGAAUUCCAAUGCCUUUAUUUAUGGAUUUUGAGGCAUAUACCACUAAUUCCUCGAAUCUACAUGCUUUUUGAUUCAUCUUUGACUAAUUCAGUUGCAUAUUGGCCUUUCCCUUCGGUACACUGCUUCCCCUCACUUUCUGUCUCUCUCUCUAUAUCUAUCUCUUGCCUUCUCUCACCUCCUUUACAGUGGUAUUCUGACUGUCGAAAAAUACACACUUUAACAUUAUUUUUUUGUUUGAAUGAGAUCGUUUUAAUACAACAGUUUACCAUGAUGAAUGUAUUAGCAGAACAAGGAAACGAACGCUUAAUUUCGUUUACAUGUUACUGAUUUCCAUACCAUUGCAUGUUUAGAAUCAGGUAGAUUUUUGAUCAUGACACCUCUUCGACUGACGUUCGCUGCUCAUGUAUAUUUGGAAGCUGUCUCCUCAAACAGAAUGUUUAGUGUAGCUGUUUAGCAGUAUCAGAAUUUUUUUCGGCAUUCCUUUUUAUCUCUCAUACCUCAUAAAAAGUCAUACUUGCACAUGAUGAGUUCUCAAAUGCUUGUUCAUGAGGAGGCACAAUUAAAGAUGUAGAUUAACACCAAAGGCUGCUCCACUAAUUACAGAUUGUAGAUGAUAAAUUCCUUGGAUAUUGUUGUAGACUCAUUUUUCUGAAAGUGAAUCCGGUACUGGCUUGUAUUAUGCCUUUUUUCAUACAAUGAACUAGUUUAGUAUGUGUCUUCUUUACAACAUCAAUAUAGGGAUAAUGUGUAGAUUCUGGAAGUUUCUCCUUGAGAAAUCUGGAUAAUGCGCAGUUGCGUUCUAUUGUUGGACACCUUUCAUUUAUUGUUUCUGAUGCAGAAAGUGGUGUUAUGUUCGACACCUUUCACGUUUCUGCUUGAUACAUUACUCAAUUCUUUGGCUAUUUAUCUGCUAUUUACUGCUGUCAGUUCUAGAUAAACUUGUAGGGAAUUGCAUUUGGGGCAAGCUUCCCUUAGAGUUUCUUCUUUCAUCGCCAGAGAUGCAUGCAAACUUGAACUUGGGUCAGAGAGUUGAGGUUCUUUCAGCCGUCGACAUGUAUUCGUGCACUUUAGAGGUAUUUUCUUUGAGUUACGCAUAUCCAAGUGUCUCUAUUGUUGGCUUAUCGUUUCUUUACAAAUGUACUCCACAUUCUGGAGGGCAUUAGGUGGGAUAACCUUCUUUCAGAGCAUAUUGGUUUCUUUGUAAAACGGGAAUUUUGAUUCAAACGAAUUUUUCAAUGUUUUGGCUACAUAAAGAGAAAAAGUGACUACAGAAACGAAUUGUAGAUCAUGGUUUAUCCGCAGGAGUUGGACCAUAUUUUUUCAGAAACGUCUAUCCUGGAUACUUCUACGUAUAGUGAAUGUUUGGGCUCAUUCAGUCCACAUGGUUUAUCUGCUUUACAAAAUUGGCUGAAUCCAUAUAAACUUAUGGACACUAAAUCGCAAGCAUCAGACGUUUGUGGAACUGAAAUCGGGAUUGGAAAAUCUCCAUAGUCCGAUAGAGCAGUGGAGAAAAUUUCGGAUCCAGUCUUGGAGAGAAGGAUAGACCAUACUUCUUUUAGCAUUUUAAAAAGGACAAAAAGGGUAAUAAUCUUGGAAGAUUUGCUCUAUUAUCUAAUUAAGACAAUAGUAACAACUCUGACUAAAAUGUACAAAAACAAUAACCACUUAAACUUAUUUCUUUUUUUUUAUGCCAACUUCACAUUGUUUUAAAUUGAACCAAAUAUAGGGAGUUUAUGCUGUCUCCUACUUGUGAUUUAUUUGAAUCGGAAAAGUAGCUGUUUAUAUAGUUACUUCCAUCUGUUACUAUUGGAAAUGGAGACGACACUGUGUUGGAAACGGAGACCAAACUCUAUUACGGAGGAUAGAGGGGAGAACGGUGGAAGCCACCUCAAGAUUCAUUCACCUCUAGCCCCCAUCAUAUAGGGAGGAACCUUACAUAAUUUUUGCAAAACACCCUCAUUUUUUUACAGAAUUUUCUUACGACCUAGAAUUUCCAACAGUCUCAAAUGUUUUUAAUGUGUUGGAAGUGAUAUCUUGUUGUGGAUUUAUUCUCUGAUUCAAAUAAAUUCAACAAUACGUGAUAUUUUGUUGGAAGUGACAUUUAUGAUUCUCGUUCCCCAACAAUACUUGGAUUGAAUUAUGAUUGCAAGGUAGAGAUUCAUUUUAGCUUGACUAUAUGUUCCCUUAAGAAUUAAUAAAUGUAAUAUUUAUAUUUUUUGACAAAGAUAUGAUCUUUGCUAUACCCUUGUGUGCGUUCUAUUUUGUAGCAAACUUUGUUAUUCUGUUUCAAAACAAAUGCUGUGUCUGAGUUGUGCUGUAUCUAUGUUUGUUGCAGCUUUUAGUCGUAGACUGUGUUCUUUAGUGUUCUGGUACAAGUUUACCGAGUGUAAACAGAAAUCUGAUAGAGGGGAGUUUUUGUUUGAAUCUUUCUUUUACAUUUACAGCCUACCUUUCUGGACGUGAACAACUAUAUACGUUUCCAAAUGGCACCUAAUUCUGGAACAGAGGUGAUCUCAUUUUCCAUUAUUUAUAGUGUACAUUAGAUGCUUGUUUUCCUCUUAUAUGUCAUAUGUAUGUUUCAUACAUGUUGCAGGGUAUGGUGAAGCAAGUGAAAUUGAAUAUUUCUGCUCAGGAAGUUGGAUCAAGAGAAAGAUCCCCUUAUGACUCUUAUUCAUAUGAUGAUGUACCAGCACAUAUUAUUCGGUAACUGAAUGGCCCUUCAUAUUUUGUUCUACAUUCUGUGUUCUUUCUAGUGUUUUAAAUGGUGUUUGCCUUGUUUGCGAAAUCAUCUUUCAUUUCAAUUUAUCAUUUGAAGGCCAUAGGAUGCCAAAGGCCUGUCGAAUUCUAACUUCAUCCCUUGAUAAUGAGGGUUCUCUCCCUAUCUCUCUCUCUCUCUCUCUCUCUCUCUCUCUCUCAAGAGUGUGGUGUUCUCUUAAUACCCUUGGUAUUAUAGUUAUUCUUCUCAGUCAGCACCUGGUUUUCGUAUGAAGCCUGUUACAAAUUUCUCUGGUGACACUGUAAUGCUUGGAUCUUCAAGUUACUCCUAAGUUUAUUUAUCUAAUGUCAUGUGACCUUCUUUUCAUUAUUUCUCAAAUGAAAAAUAUCAUGUUUAAGUGAUUUCAUGUGAUAUCUGCUUUUUGCUUUUUAUUUAGACAGGCAUUUCUUAAAAAAUGCGGUAUUGAAGCAAAUAGUCCACAAGGCAGAGGAUCUUGGGACUUAUUGAAGCAUGGCCAGAAGUGAGCUCCUUCAGGGAUUGUGACAAAGAUAAGGUGGGCGAUGUCAUUGUUUAAAAGAUGGAUAAGAGGCAGGAUGUGGUUGGUGAUGGACAAUGCACUCAUAGGUCUGAAAGGAUAAAAGUAGAGAAGAGGAAAGCCGAAGUCUACAUUAGAAGUGACAAUGGGUGAAUCACAUUUGUUGUCAAUGCAAAUAAUACUAGGAGCCAAUGAGUUCUAUAUACUAGGAAUUUGGGUGAAUUACAUUAUGUCGUCAUAUUCAGCUUGUUGCAGCAGCCAGAUGUUAGUUGACGUUUUGCGGAUUUAGUGAAGUUGUAAAAUUCUGCAUAGAGACGUGGGCAACCAAAUAUUGCUCUAUCUUGGAUCUGCUUAUGCAGCUUUUCUCACUUUACUGUUUCCAGCUACUAGGUUUGCUGAAUUUUACUCUGUGAACUCUGAAAUCUGUUGAGAGAAUCGGGCCUGUCUUGACAUGAGCUUAAUUAUUUUGUUUAUUCAUGUGCAGUUUAAUGUUAUUCUAAAUAGCUAUUUACUUUUUGAGUUUGUUUUAUCUGUGACAUGAUGCUUUCUUUCAAGUCCUUACUUUGACUUGGUAAACUCUUGUUUUAGUCUAUCCAAGAUUGAUACUCUUUGUUUGCGAAUUAUAGGUUGAGAGCGGGGAAUGUCAUCUUUAACUAUAGGUACUACAAUAACACUCUACAGAAGACAGAAGGUCGGUCAAGUGUUCUCUUGGAUUUUUGCAUACAAAUAAAUCGUCUCGGAAUCUAUAACAUAUCACUUCUUAACUCAUUUUCUAAUUUUUCUAUAUAGACUAACAUGUUGAUUUUGGCGAGGAAAUUUCUAGACAUUAGAAAUUCUAUUUUUUACUCACAAUUUAUAGAAAUUCCGCAUUGUCUUUGUAAGAUUGAAAUGUAAUCAACUUAAAACUUAUUCGAUGGAUAGAUUUCCAGAGUCUUGUCAGCAGGGAACGAUUCAUUUUGUUGAGAUUAGUGCUAUCCAAUGUUAUGAUAUUGAUACUUCUAAAAGAAGUUCACGAUAAUGAAAGGAUUAGGAUUUAAUUAUUCUUUGUUUUGGAAAGAAGAGCAAUUUGGUGCAUAUGUCAGCAUGGGAAGAAUAUUCAGGGAAAGGAGCUUCCGAAACGAACGUUAUCUUGUGGUUGUGGAAACGGGUUAAUGAAGGUGUGCUGGGUUAGGAUUGUGAGGAAAAAAAAGCUGCCGAGGACUAUAUCAGAUUGACUUCGGAAUCUUUUUCCAGAAUAUGCAUUCUUCAUUAUCAUGAGGGGUUUAAUCAUAUCUCAAAUUGGGAAAACGACUAUGGUUUGGGAAGAUACAUGCAUCUGGAAAGUAAUCUUUCUGUUCUGUUUCCAAGCCCAUAAUUUCUAGAGUAAAGGUUCUUUUGUUACUAUUAGAAGCGUGGGCACUCAAUGAGACUACCAGAUGGGGAACUGGAAGAAUUUCUGAAACUCAAUCAGGUUCUUGGCAGUGUUGUCGAUUUUCAAUUUAUGAGAUUUUUUUAAUUGUUGAAAUCGGAGCCAUUUGUUUGUGGGGAUUCAUUUAGUCUAUAUCCAAGUAUAAUAUAUAUUUUUUAGUUUAGAUAAACCGAUGCUUAUUUACUUUUAAGAUUCUCUUCUGUUUAUGGUUCUCUAAUCAUUCCAUUUUUACGAUUUACAGUCACUGAAGAUUUUUCCUGUCCAUUUUGCUUGGUGAGAUGUGGAAGCUAUAAGGUCUGUUUUGUAUAAUAUCGCUUUGUUUCAUAGUUAGCAUGCUUUAUGUCCUCAUUCACAAUAUUAGCAUCCACUUGUGAUAUUUAUAAUUGGUAUUAUGUAGGGACUACGAUAUCAUUUGACUUCGUGCCAUGACCUUUUCAACUUUGAGUUUUGGGUUGGUAAAACUACUGAAGUCUCCUGUCAAUUCUGCUACAUCAGCUUUGUGGAAAGUCACUUGAAGCCUGUCUAAUCAUUGUGUAGGUGACGGAAGAGUAUCAGGCUGUCAAUGUUACUGUUAAGACUGAUAUAUGGAGAUCUGAGGUGACGAGAUGUUGUCCUUGCUGUCAACACUGUUUUUUCUUAUUAAGAAUUUUGUUACUGGAUGGAUUGACUUACAGUUUGAUCCUUUUUUUUUCUCGUUCAUAUAUGCCUUUUGGAUCAUUUGUUUUGUUAGUUCUGGAUGUGUGGACGUUUUUCGAUCUUGAAUUAUAUAAAAUAAAAGAGUACGACUUUUCUUCAAUCAAUUGCCUUAUUUGGUUGGGUAAUACUUGUAAACUUUUUUGUUCUGAUGUCAAUGCCUAUCAAUAAAGGCUUCUAAUGAGCAUCUAGAGGGUAGUUUUGUGGUCGACCACAUUGGGAUCCUAUUUUUGUCUGUGCACAUAGCUAGUUUCUUUGACGAAAUCAAAGACCAUGACAUUGAACAGGAGAGAUAUUGAUAGAAUUGUUGUUGACAUGAAGCCAUCUCAAUGCUCAUGAAGUUGUAUCCUCAUCGUUCUUUUAUCAAGAGAAGUUUCAUUUUGUCAUAGUGCUUACAAUGUUUGACUCAGUAUUGCAAAUAUCCGAAAGAAAUGGAAAGUUCUAUAUUGAGAAGUGCCAUAUUGCCAACUUAUUUGGAAAGUUCAUAUCCCAAUAAGAUACCUGAAGGAAAAAAAACUCCUAAUGUUACUCUUUACGCGCCAACUAUGUUUUGAUGUGUCUUUGGCUUUCCAUCUUGCACUCUAUCUAAAGGUUGUAAAAUAAGUACAUGAAAGAAGUACAUGAUUACUGUACAAUGCAGCUAGCUGGGGGAUAUAUAUAAUUUUUCUUACACACGAAAGUAUGGGAGGAUUGGGGGGUGGAUUUAUAAUGAAAUAGAUGCUCUGUUACAAUGUUGUCUUGAGUUAACACAUCCUUUCUAAUUUCUUUUCCGUUUUUUUUGAUGAUGUGGAGAGGCUUUUCGCUUUGACUUUACGAUUUGGGGGAUCCUUUGGUACCACCAUGGGAAUUGAUCUAGUUUUCUUUACAGAGUUUAUUUCCAAUGAGCAGUCCAAUUUGAGCCCAGUGUUAUAGGCAGAGAGGCUCUGAUUAAGUUAAUUCAAUAGACGUUGUUAUCUCACUUUCAGGUUUCAAGUUUUUUUAGCACUUCUUAAAUGCUAGAAAUCGCACCAUGGUUAGACUCAGCAAGAAGAGAAGGGUUAUGGAGGUGAAGGAAAAUAACGGAGGAUAAAUUUGUGGAACUGCUGCUGCCUACUGAACAUAUCAUGAUGAGCUGUGCGAUAUGGCAUGAGUCAGAAUUGAGUUGACUCCAAUAAGUCUUAAUCAGAGGGAUUAUGCAUUAAAAUUUAUUUGACUCAUGGAGUUUUAGCUUUGUUCUAUCCAACCAUCUCCCUGCAUAUCAUGACCCAGGGGUCCAAGCCCAAGCCUAAGUAGUGCCUAAUUAGUGAGCCCGAGCCCAAGUAGUUGGAAGUUCCUCCAGAUAAUUUGGCAGUGAGACAUUCAUGCCUAGGAAGUUGAAACAUUCAAUUUGGGAACAGAAAAAUAUUGAUUCUUCAUGGGUUAUGUAUUCUUGCCGUGACAAGUGAAGCCAUAAUUUUUUGCCACGAGUAGGCACGGAAUGUCGAAGUGGAGAUCUGCAUUAAGGAACCUGCGUGGAGUGGCGCCUUGCUACCAUUGGUGAGUCAUAGAUAUGGGAAUUAGGCGAAGUUCAAUGAGGAUGCCAGUAGAAGAUGAACAGAAGUUAGAAGAUGCCCCAUGUUUCCCAAAGUCCUUUUGUGUGGACAAAUUCUGUCGAACUUGUUGGCUUAAAUUCAUGGGAUCUGGGCUCAAUCGACUCUAAAGCCUUUCAGAACUUCAGUCCAGAAACGACUCUUACCGACUUCUUAUGUCCUUUGGCAAUAUGAUCUGUGCUCCUUUAUUUUGGCCUUUGCAAUCUGUACUUUUUCCUUUGGGAUGUUUUAUAAUCCUAGCUUUUGGUUUACAUUUUUCUUUGUUUAAUAAAAAGAUGCUUAUAUUAAUGUGAACUGGGAGAUAUAGAUAUCUAUAAUAACCGGUGUUCUAUGUAUCUAGUUAAAAAUGUUGGCAUUUAAUAGCUUUUUGACCUUUUAGGAUUAUUUACUGGCUUUAGACUGUUUUACAUUUCUCAGAUUGAGAAAUCUAACUCUUGGUAUGCAUUCUUUCAGAUUGUGGCAGAUGGUGUUGAUCCAAGGCUGCAGACAUUUUACUAUUGGUACCUAUUGUUUUGAGAAUUGACUUUACAGCAUUAUUUUAAACGAUUAUCUUUUGACAGGUUGUAUCUUGUUUGUCAAUUACAUAACCGUGGUUUCUCGAUCAGCCAGCUCGUAUCUGAUUAUGUUAUGCAACUUAAGAAUUUACGGCAUCCUUGAAAGCUUUUGAAUAGGACCCGUUGUUUUUACAAGUCUCUUCUAUAAACUCAUGCACUCUAAUGGUGAGUAAAUACAAGUUUUUCUGUUUCACUGAAAUCCCAUUCCGUUUUUUCACGUCUCUGUGUUAAUGGAUUAUUAUUAGGCCCUUCAAAUUGAACCAAAACAGGCAUUUGUUUGAAACCCGUCUAAUGGAUGUCAGGUCAAGGCUAAAUCGACGCAGAAGACCAAAAGCUCCAGGACCAAAUGUAAAACAUGUCCAUCCACAUACUUUGAGGUCAGACUCCCCAAAAGUGCCUAGGGAAUUUUUUCAGGCUGGUGCACACGGGAAAGAUAAUGGGAUAAGUAAUGGUGAGCUUCUGAUGCAUUGAAUCACUGCUAGUUAGUACUUCAAAUUUUCCUUUAACAACAGUCUCCUGAAAAUUAAAAAGUCUCAUUGAGAUAAUAUCUUUCAGGUGAUUCGACAACCAAGGAGGAUGGGUAUUCUAAAUCCCUUCCCUAUGGUAGCCACUCCAAAUUCUCCAGAUAUAAGGGUGAAAUUUACGGGGCAGAAAAUGCUUCUCCUGCAGAACGCAUGGAACAGAUUAACGGUAGCCCUAGUGCCAUAACUAUUUGUGCAGCUUCAGCUCAACCUUCUGUUGAUGAAUGUGGUCAACAAGUAUCUGGAGUUAACAACACUACCGCUUCUGUAAUCCUUCAAUUAGCGAAGACAAGGAAGGCUCCUGUUGAACGAGCUGAUCCUAGGAGGUAAGUUGUUUUCAAUCGUUUUCCUUACGGGUAAUAUAUAUUGACACCAUUAUUUACGGAAGUGGGAUUCAUUCUUAUCUUUAGAUGCAUAAAAAUUUUGCAAUUAUUUUCCAGGGCAUGCGUGUAAUUUUUUUCUUCUUUUGUAGUCGUACACUGCUGCAGAAACGUCAGUUUUUCCACUCUCACAGAGCUCAGGUGAGAUACAACUCUUGAUGUUGAUGUGCUUGGUUGAAGGCCACUGAAUCUUUUCUUUCCUUGUUUAAUUUCAUUCAAUCCUCCUUAUAAAUGCAUAAAUGCUCUUUCUCUGAUGGUCUUUGUCUUUCUAUCGUUAUCUUUUAUUUUUUUCUCUCUAGGCUGUGAGAUGACAGAAGUAUCUCCAUUUUUGUAAUGAAAUGUAAAGAAAAAGAUUUAGGUGUAAUGUACAACAGUUUAUUUAUGAUGGGUUGGGACAUAAUAGCAGAUGAGACACCGUAGUUAAAUCAAAAUUGAAUAAUCUCUAAGAGACGCUAUAUCCCAAGAGGAAUCUAUGAUGUCAAGUAUCCACUUCUUGAGCUUCGAAAUGUGAAAGUCUUGGAAAAACCAUCAAUGGCUCCACAUACGAGUCCGUAUUAUUCUUGCUUAGAGAAAAUAUUGCAUUGCUAUCUGGAGGAUUUAUCCUUGGGUUAGGAAAACAUUAUGGGUCAUUCAACUCAUAGAAUAAAGGAUUGACUAAAGAAAUGGAUGCAGGAAAAUUAUAGUAGACGUAUAAAACUUUUCUGAAAAGUUCAAAUGGCGAGCUAUUUUUGUCCAUUGAAAAUCUGUUUAUUUUGGCAAUAUGAAAUCAAAGAAACGUACUUAUCACUGAAGCAAAAGAAUAAUCUGCAAGUUUGGAAUAGUAGUUUUGAACCUCUGUUCUUUGAGUAUGAUAAUUUUUUUUCAUUCAUUUAUUUUAGACGGAAUUAUUGAGAUAACCUGGAAUUUGUCGGCUGUGCAAUAAAGUUAUUGGGAGCAGAAGGACAAUGGCUGAAUCUUGAUUGUCAAUUUGAAACAUUUGGGUUGAUAGGGCAGGGAUUUAUUUGAUUUCAAUAACUAACUUUCAAACAUUUGGGUCCUAGAUGCAUUGUUGAAACUGCUACGUUAUCAUGUGGACCGCAGCCCUGGCACUGAGUGACGAAUCGAAGAUUUGGUGACACGUUGACAGCAUCAUUUGAGGGUGCCAAUUGGUACCUAAUGCUGGGAUUCGGACCUUCUCCAUCUGUCAUUAAUUUGAAAGAAUGUUCAAUAAUUGUCAGGGGCAGUAACUUUCGAUUGGAGUUAUCUGAUUAUAAUUGAGAAUAUUUUUAUUCCUAGAUGCCUUUUCUCCUGUUGAUAGCAUAGGUAUUGCUUGAUACAGCUGCCAGAUGAUACUCUUUCUGACAUCACCAGACAGGCCCAAAUCGAGCACUGUUCUGGUGCUCGACUUUUGAAAAAAGGUGGUUGGACUUCACGAGUGAGAGCUAUUUGAUGUAACAGUCAUACUACAUGUUCUCAUGUGUGCAUCUAGGACACUCAUUCCCAAUAUACGGGGGAGUUCAGAAUGUGAAAUGAGCCUUAUGCUCGGUAUCUAGUUGUCAUGGACAGUAUUUAAUUGAUCUAGUAUUUUUGCAAAAUAGGUAACAAUGAGCUUAUGCCCCGCCAUACCCCUGCUGUCUGUAUCAACUCCCUCCGCCUCUGCCAUGUUCUCUUUCUUUCUUCUCUUUGCCCAUUUUCUGCUCUAUCUGUUCGUCAACCUUCCUAUUGCCCAUCUCUGCAUUUCUCUCUUUCCUUCCUUCUCUCAUCUCUCUCUCUCUCUCUCUCUGAGAUCAUCAACAAAUGGCUACCAUGCUUACCCACCCUGCUAGCGUUUCUCUCUUUAGUGCCUUGGUGCAAUAAUUAUGCAGCGUACACAGUUUUUUGGUCUCUUCCUUAGACUUGAUGCCUGGGAGAUGUAAAGUUUCUUUUCAAAGAUUCUAAAAUAUCGGGAAGUAACCAGAUUUAAGAUCAUAGUCACUUGGUGUUUAUGGCUUGUACUAGUCACUUGGAGGUUUUUCAUAUAAGACUAUGAAUGAUUGAGGUUCUAGAGUUUUUCUCCUUCCUAAGGUAUUACCUUUGCUAUGUAGUAUUUUGUCUAUUCCUUCUUCUAUUCUCAUUGAUGAGAGUACAAAGGGACCUUUAAUACGGUUUCUGAGUUUGUUUGUGACGCUAUGAAGAAUGUGAGCCAAAGGAACUAAUGUUAACUAAUUCUUUUGUUGAAAAUAAACUGUGCCUAGAUUUGGAUGUCAAUUAUUCUGUCUCACUUUUGUGUUUAAAAGUUUUCUGCUUCGGUUGAUGCAUCAAUAGAUCAUUAUGAAUUGUAAGGAGAAUGCAGAUAUCGAGCGCAGUUGCCUCAUAUACUUAAAGCAAUAAUACUAUCUGAGAAAGUACAUUUCCAUUUUAGUAUGUUAUGCAAAUUUACGAGCGACACUUUCAUGCUACGUGCAUGAUUAGUUUUCUAUUUUACAUGCUGUUUCUGUUGCUAGUUCUUUUGCGUAAUGGGAGACAUUUGUCGAACGGUGUUGAAACUUAUGAUUUGUUUCCAGCCAAUGGCAUUAGAGCAAGUACUUUCUGAUCGGGACAGUGAAGAUGAAGUUGACGAUGACAUUGCCGACUUUGAAGACAGAAGGGUACGUUCAAGAGACCAAUUUUUACAUUACUCCUGAAGACGCAAUGUGUUCCUGCCAAUUUCGAUCAGUUGAAUCAGCAGACUUAAGCAGUUAUCUUAAUAUUUCUGUUCAUACCAUUUAUAGAUGCUCGACGAUUUCGUUGAUGUGACCAAAGAUGAGAAGAGGAUCAUGCAUUUGUGGAACUCAUUUGUGAGGAGGCAGAGGUACCUCCUUUGGGAGAAGUGCACACUUCCCUGUUGUUUCUCAAUGCCCUUCUGCCGUGACUUAUUAUUAUUGGGAGAUGUGUUCCCAUAUGCUAGAAGAAAUCUCGUAACACAAUGGAUGCCAUAUUCUUGUCUAAGAUACUGUAGCGCUCGCAAAUCCUUCAUCAAAUGCUGUUCUUCCCGUGGAUUCUGCUACACGAAGAACAGUUUUUUUUUUAAUUCAAUUAAUUGAAAAUUUCUGCAUUACCUUCAACUUCUGUUUGACCAAGUUUGUUAUCUCUUGCCAGGGUGUUGGCAGAUGGUCACAUUCCUUGGGCCUGUGAGGCAUUCACCAAGCUGCACGGGCCUGAUUUUGUCAGAGAACCAGCUCUGAUCUGGUAUCGUCUCUCUUUCUUCAGUACUAACCACUCCCCUCUUGCGUUUAUUUUUUCUUUAAACUAUGACUUAAAGCAUAUUUCCGUAGUUCGGUUCAUUGCCUGCAUCACAUUUUCAUUUAAAGUAAAGUUUUCUCUUAUAAGAAAAACAAUGCAUGUACGCAUCUAGUGACGUGGCUCUGUGAUCAGGUGUUGGAGGCUGUUCAUGAUAAAGCUGUGGAACCACAGCCUACUGGAUGCCCGCUCCAUGAACUCUUGUAACCUACUGCUGGAGAAAUACCAGAGCGAAGCUUCUGAUUCCAAGCCAUGCUGA